AGUGGCGGCGCGGGCAGGGGUCGACCCCAUGGCGGAGCUGCACCUCUUCGGGGAGAUCGAGGGCGCCUCCGGCUUCUCCGAGCGCCGCCUCUUCUGCAAGUGGGGGCUGCACGCGGGCGGGGCCUGGACGCUGCUGGCCGGGGCGGGGGCGGGGCAGACGCAGGUGGAUGACCCUCAGGUGGACGAUGUGGCCCAUUGGGGACACCCCCUGGACAUGCACCUGGCCACCAAGGGCCUGCAGGGGUGGCCGAAGCUGCUGCUGGAGGUGUGGCACGUGGACAGUUGGGGUCGCCAUGGCCUGGCGGGUUACGGGGUGUGCGCGGUGCCGAGCGCUCCCGGCUCUCACCUGCUCACCUGCGUCACCUGGAGCCCGCGGGGCUCCCCUGGGCAGCGCCUGCUGGGCCCGGGGGCGCCGCGGCUGCUCCGGCCCGAGGCGGCCGCCAGCGCCGGGGAGCGGUUCCGCCUGCGCACCGAGAGCGCCGGUACCGUCCAGCUGAGACUGGGGGUGCUGCCCCGGCACCUGCACCGCUUCGGGGUGGCGCUGGGGUGACACUGGGGACACUGGGGUGACACUGGGACACCGGGACAUCACUGCUGCCCCGGCACCUGCACCGCUUCGGGGUGGCGCUGCGGUGACACCGGGGACACCGGGAUGACACCGGGAUGACACCGGGGACACCGGGAUGGCACUGGGGACACCGGGAUGACACUGGGGACACCGGGGUGACACCGGGGACACCGGGGUGACACCGGGGACAUUGGGCUGGGGACAGGGUGACAAGGGAUGAGAUUUUGGGGUCACUCUGGGCUUGGGGGCCCCCGGGGGGUGGCACUGGGGGGGUCCCCAAGGUUUGGUGGCCCCGCCCCCCCUUUGUCCCCCCGCCGUAUCCCAAAUAAAAUGGGUGUCACCAAGCGCGGCUCCCGCGGGAUUUGGGGGGGUCCCGAGUCCCCUCCCCCCUUUUUCGGGAGGCUCCGGAGCCUCCUCCCCCACCCGGGGGUCCGGAAAUGUCCCAGACGCGGAAAUGUCCCCCCCCCACCCCCGGCCGUGAC